AUGGAUAAUUCUGGUCAAUAUCCUACUCCUCCACCUCUACCUCCUAGACCCUUUGAAUCAUAUAACUAUGGUUCAGUCCUCAACGGUGGGUACAUGGGAAUGCCAAACACGGCAAUGGGUUAUAACCAAGACCUUGGUAACAUGCACAGUGGAAUGUAUAGAAACGGAAUGUAUCCAACUAUGCCGUACGGUGGGUAUGGAAUGAGCAGAGACACAACAUUCGCUCGCUUAGCAGAAGAAUCUUCAAGAGGAGCUUUCGAGUCAAUCGAAUCGGUAGUAAACGCCGUCACAUCCGUUGCUAAUAUGCUCAGUUCAACUCAUAAUGCAGUAUACAGUUCAUUUCGAGCCGUAAUUGGUGUCGUCGAACAGUUCAGUCGCUUGAAAAUGCAAGUGAGCUCAGCGGUUCUGUCCCUAGCUUUGUUCAAGUUCAUUAUCAAGCUGUGGAAAAAGUUUUUAGUGUUCUUGAAACUGAAGCCUCAAAACUAUGCAAGUGUAGUUGAAGAGGCUUGGGGAGAUUCUCAACAACCUUUUGGGGUCGAUAUUCUGGGAUCAGAUAGGUCUCAGUCAAUUAGCUGGCCAACAGUGCUCUUCUGGACUGUUGCUUUGGGAGGUCCCUACGUCAUCUACAAAUUCAUUGAUCAAAUGGUUAAAACAGUAGAAGAAAAGAGGAAAUGGGCUACAGGAAGUGGAGAUCACUAUACCGCUGAGACCUUGUUCCCAUUCCAAGCAAGUAACGAGCAGGAGCUCUCUUUCAUGAAGGGAGAUCUUCUUCGUAUAGCUCCAAAAGAAGAACAGCCUCGUGUUCGAGGAUGGUUACUUGCUAGUACUCAAGACGGAAGUAAGAUAGGUGUGGUUCCUAUAAACUAUGUGAAAGUGAUUGGACAUAAAACGAAGACGCCUCCUUCUAAACAAAUGGAUAACUUCGCCAAAUUUGAUUCAGCCUUCAAGUGA